GUACUAUAUAAGUGCUGGGCAGCCGUGGUGGCGGGCAAAGCGGGGUGCGGCAGGCGACACACUGUCUCUACCAUGGAGGGGAUUGUGACUAUGUAUCAGGACUUCAUGAAGAAAGCAGACCCCCGCAUUGCUGAUUAUCCACUGAUGCAGUCCCCAUUCCUUGUGUUGGGCAUCCUUCUGGCAUAUGUCUACUUUGUACUCUCCUUGGGUCCCCGGCUAAUGGCAAACAGGAAGCCUUUAAAUCUGAAGAAAUUCAUGGUGCUAUAUAACUUCUUCCUGGUGGGACUCUCACUCUACAUAGUCUAUGAGUUUCUGAUGGCAGGGUGGCUUACUGGGUAUACCUGGCGAUGUGACCCUGUGGACUUCUCACAGGACCCCAAGGCCCUCAGGAUGGUCAGUGUUGCUUGGCUGUUUGUCUUUUCCAAGUUCAUUGAACUGACAGACACGGUCAUCUUUGUCCUGAGGAAGAAGAAUGAGCAGGUCACAUUCCUGCACCUUUUUCACCACUCUGUUCUGCCCUGGAGCUGGUGGUGGGGAGCAAAGUUUGGACCAGGGGGAAUGGGAUCAUUCCAUGCCAUGAUCAAUUCCAUGGUGCAUGUGGUCAUGUACUUCUACUAUGGGCUCUCAGCAGCAGGACCUGCCUUCCAAAAGUACUUGUGGUGGAAAAAGCACAUCACAGCCAUCCAGCUGGCACAGUUUGUGAUUGUCUCCGUCCACAUCUCCCAGUACUACUUCAUGCCCAGCUGCCAGUACCAGUUUCCCAUCUUCAUCCACCUUAUCUGGAUUUAUGGGACCAUCUUCUUCAUCCUCUUCUCCAACUUCUGGUACCAGUCCUAUACCAAAGGCAAACGAUUGCCCAGGGUGGCUCAACAAGCAGCCCAGCACAAUGGUAGCAGCAUCCAUGAGAAUGGCACUGUCACCAACGGCAAGGUCAAAGCCAACUAGAGGGCAGCCUGGCCCUCCCAGAGCCAAUGAGAGCCCCGGGGCAGAGGCAGCUGGGACCUGUUCCCCUGCUCCUGGGUGCUACUAGCCAAGUCAAGUGCCUACAGACUGUUGUACCCUUGUGCCCAGCCCUGCUGUCCUCUGUCUGCAUGCCCAGCCCCUCUGCUCCGAGCAGCCGUGGGCGACUUCUGCUCUUGGGAGGGCUUGUGCUGUUUCUCGCUGUUGUUGAACGGAGAGACAGCUGCCUGCAUCACAACUUGGGGCUGCAGUCCCAUUCCAGUGUUUCCAAAGGAAUUCCCCCAAGUGCCUGCAUCUGGCCCUUUUGCCUGGGGGCCAUUUCCUUCUGAGUAGGACCAAAAGAAGAGACCGAUCCCUGUCCUGGUGCCCUCUCCUCUUCCCUGGCUCAUUAGAGCCUGUGUGGAUGAAGUGACUUGUCCCUGGUUGCUUGCUGCUGCCAGCUCAAGUGUGAGUGCUCCUGCUAUACCAUGCCUUGUGCCACUUUGUUCCACGCCACAAUGCUGUGUGUCCCUUGUGGUCCCUAUAUACCCAGGUGGUGGUGAGGGGGUCCUGCCCUGGUGUCUGUGCUCAGGUGUGGCUGUGGAGAGUGUAGGGGCAGCAGAUAUGUGGUACUUGAAGGCCCGGAGCUGCCCAGUACAAUACACAUGCCUUAUGCCUAGUACGAAGUGGGGUUGUGACACCCUGAAAUGCCUCUACCAUAUAAUAAGCCCAGGUUGCCUUGCAUUUCUUUCCUGUGCCUGGGUGGAGUGCUGAGCAUGUGCUUUUAGCCAUGCUUAUGUGUGAUCCAGAAUAGCAGUUGGUGGCUUGUUCUGGAGUGAGGGAGGCCAAGCUCACUGUGCUUUGGGUGACUUACAUUCCUGCAAACUCAAGACUCGAGCAAUAAUUGCCUCUAGAGUUGUCUGCUGGGCUCUCCUGCCUGGAACUGGCUCUGCUCUGGCCUGAUGUGAGCACAGUGGAGGAUGGUUGUAGCAUAUUCUGCUAUGGUGUAAUGGGGAACACCUCUUGCCUUCAUGGAUUCUGCUAGGGUUGAGUGAAGAUGUGCUCUGCCAUUCAGCAGGGCAGUGCAGCAGCUCUCCUGGGCCUGGUGCUUGUUGCCUGCUCUGACUAACCAAAGCUAUAUUAGUAGCCUUGAGGAUGAGGUGAAGGAGCCAGGCCCAGUCAGAUUGGGCUGCUCUUCUAUCACAAAUAAACAGACAGAAGGAGAAAUGGCUCUGCCCCGUGUUUUCCUGGCUUGCUGUGCUGUGAAGCUGUUCCAGCUGCCUGGUCCUGCCCAGUGGUUUUGGAGGCAGGGCUGGGAGAAGCAGCUGGUGUAGCAGGUUUGUGCUGGUGGGGAGAGGGCUGUACUGUGCUGAUGAAGCAGAUGGCAGAUUGUUUCCAAGUGCUUUGAUAGAGGGGUGCUGAGGGCAGGAAGUGUGUCAAGGCUCCUGUUGUGAAAGUGGCUCCACCCUGUUAAAGAAUGGCUGGGGUGGAACAGAGGUGUGGGCUGGGACCUGGGCCAGCAGAAGCUGCUGCUGCUUUUCAGAAACCCUGUCCUGGCUCUAGUGCAGAAUUGGGGUGGAGUGGGGAUUUGAGACUCUGGAAACCCAGGUUAUGGGGAAAACAGCAGGGAGACCAGCCAGCUGCUUUCUGAAGAGGGAAAGGAAUCUAUUUAAAGCUGUUGCCAUCUCUGAGUGAAGUGCUGGUCUCUGCAGAAAGUAUUUCAGGCUGGACAGAGGAUAGUUUCCACUGCUGCUUUCUUGCUCCUGCUACAUCAGUCUGUCUUCCUCAGCUGGGUUCUGUUCCCCUCUACUAGCUGAAACAGUUUGGCUUUUAUACAGAAUGGUCAGUGCUGCCUUCCUCAUCAGCUUCUGCUGUGUGGGAGGGCUAGGCCUGAGUGCUGACUCAACCCUGAGAAUUGGGCUGGGUAGCCAGCCAGCUUGUGUGGCAAGGAGGAAUGCAUGAACCCAGGAGGCCUCCAGGUGAGUUUCACUGUAGAUUUGAUUGUGGUGUGGGAGGGCUUUAGUGGAAGUGUAGCCAAAGCCCUGCAGCUGGGUUUGGUGUGGAUGAGAGCUCAGUUGCCUCUGCCUUGCAUAUCUUUUAGGAAGGAGGACAGGCUGCUGCCCUGUGUAAACAUUCUUCCCCAUUUCUACUAGUGCUGCUCCUGGGUUAGGGACUGACAGAAGAGUUCUGGUCCUUACUGAAGUGGUGGCAUAUCAGCUCAGUGCUCAGAAUUCACAGCU